AUGAAUACCAAACAAAGGGCACAUGUUUAUGACCUCACAAAAAAUCAGAUGAAUCCUUGGAAGCUUGAUCCCAGCCAGUUCCAUGAUCUCAUUAAGUAUCUCCUCAAUAUUGGCAUCCUCAUGUCUACCAACGAAAUGGAAGAUAUUGGCAAUCUCUUGGAGCUUGGACUCCAAAAUAUCUCUCCUGCCACAAUCAUUGAUAGGCUGGUGCAAAACAAGGAUGGUCCACAGGAGUCCAGUUUUCAAGUGGCACUUUAUUCUGCUCUCAACAGCAUACUACCUGACACAAUGGUGUGCUUAUUUGAGACCUGA